AUGAAAGGGAGAUUCCAUGUGAAGUCGUACCAUAAUCAGGUGGACACUUCUGAAAAUGACAAGGUCCCGGAGGGGUUGACUGAGGAGGAGUUUGUCAGUUGUGUGGAUAACUCAUCACCUGAUAGUACUACUCUUCAAGUAUUGAAGGUGCUUCUUACUGCUGUAGCAUCGACUAAGUUCAGGGUUCAUGGUGAACCAUUGCUUGGAGUCAUCAGGGUGUGUUACAAUAUUGCUCUUAAUAGCAAGAGUCCUAUAAACCAAGCAACUUCAAAAGCCAUGUUAACGCAGAUGGUCAGUAUCGUAUUCAGACGGAUGGAAACUGAUACGGUUGCUUCUGCUUCUAGUUCAGUUGUAUGUAAAGAAGCUACUUUGAACAAUGGGUCAAUCACAAAAGUUGAUCAAGUCUCAUCCAAUGACCAGAACCAAGGAAUGAAUCUGGGUGAUGAACUGCAAAACUUUGUUGGUGGCACUGAUAUCAAGGGCUUAGAGGCUGUUCUCGAGAAGGCUUUGCACAAAGAUGGUGAAAAUGUCACAAGAGGAAAGGACCUGGAGAGCAUGAAUAUUGGACAACGUGAUGCUUUACUUCUUUUCCGCACCCUCUGUAAGAUGGGUAUGAAGGAAGAUAGGGAUGAAGUUAGUACCAAAACACGCAUUCUCUCCCUGGAGCUUCUGCAGGGUUUGCUGGAAGGUGUUAGUCACUCAUUCACAAAGAACUUCCAGUUUGUUGACUUGACAAAAGUUUAUCUUUCAUAUGCAUUAUUGAGAGCAUCGGUUUCUCAAUCUCCUAGCAUCUUUCAGUAUGCAACAGGAAUUUUCACAGUGCUUUUGUUGCUGUUUAGAGAAGGUCUUAAAGGUGAAAUUGGAGUCUUCUUUCCUUUGAUUGUCCUGCGACCUUUGGAUGGAACAGAUCUUAGCCAAAAAAUAAGUGUUCUUUGGAUGUUAGAGAAGGUUUGCAAGGAUUCUCAGAUGCUCGUUGAUCUCUUUGUGAACUACGAUUGUGAUCUUGAAGCACCCAACUUGUUUGAACGCAUGGUUACCACAUUAUCGAAAAUUGCUCAGGGUACUCAAAGUGUGGAUCCAAAGUCUGUUACUGCUUCUCAGAUGGGAUCAAUUAAAGGAUCUUCACUUCAGUGUCUUGUGAACGUGCUAAAAUCACUCGUUGAUUGGGAAAAUUCUCAGAGAGAAUCACAAAAGCAAAAUAAAGGUGAACAGUCCGUUCAAGAUCCUUCGACUAGAGAAUUGAGUGAAUCAAAAAUCAGGGAAGAUUCCCCAAGUAACUUCGAGAGUUUGAAGGCCCAUAAAUCUACCAUUGAAGCUGUUAUCUCUGAGUUCAACCGCCAAUCAGGGAAGGGCAUUGAAUAUCUUUUGUCCAGUAGUUUGGUGGAAAAUACACCAGCUGCAGUUGCUCAUUUUCUGAGAAAUACUCCCAAUUUGGACAAGGCAAUGAUUGGUGAUUACUUAGGCCAGCACGAGGAGUUUCCCCUGUCUGUCAUGCGUGCUUAUGUAGAUUCCAUGAACUUUUCUGGGAUGAAGUUUGAUGUUGCAAUUCGUGAGUUCGUUAAAGGAUUCCUACUUCCAGGGGAAGCUCAGAAGAUAGAUCGUAUAAUGGAGAAGUUUGCAGAGCGUUAUUGUGCAGUCAAUCCUGGUCUUUUCAAGAAUGCGGAUACAGCUUAUUUUCUUGCAUAUGCAGUUAUAAUGUUGAAUACUGAUGCUCAUAAUCCAAUGGUGUGGCCAAAAAUGACCGAAAGUGAAUUUGUAAGAAUCAAUACUAGGGAUGAUGCUGAAGAAUGUGCCCCUAAGGAACUCCUAGAAGAGAUCUAUGAUUCUAUUAUCAAAGAAGAGAUAAAAAUGGAAGACGAUGCUGUUGGUAUUUCGAAAAACAGUAAGCAUAAACAAGUAGAGAGGAGCCGACUUGUUAGUAUUCUUAAUUUAGCUCUACCCAAAAGGAAUUCUUCAACUGAUUCAAGGUCUGAGAGCGAGGCAAUUGUUAAGCAAACACAGGCUAUUUUUCGGAACCAAGGAGGAAAAAGAGGAGUUUUUUAUACUUCGCACCGCAUUGAACUUAUCCGUCCCAUGGUCGAAGCUGUUGGGUGGCCAUUGCUUGCUACUUUUGCUGUUACUAUGGAGGAAGGAGAUAACAAACCAAGGGUUAUUCUUUGUAUGGAAGGAUUCAGAGCAGGUAUACACAUAACACACACUCUGGGAAUGGAUACCAUGCGCUAUGCAUUUUUAACAUCUCUGGUCAGAUUUAAUUUCUUACAUGCACCAAGGGAUAUGCGUAGUAAGAAUGUAGAAACACUACGCACGCUACUGGCUUUAUGUGACACUGACACUGAUGCUCUUCAAGACACAUGGAAUGCCGUCCUGGAAUGCAUUUCUCGCCUUGAAUAUAUAACAUCAUCGCCUGCUGUGGCUGCAACUGUCAUGCAAGGAUCAAAUCAGAUAUCUAGAGAUGCCAUCGUGCAAUCUCUGAGAGAGUUGGCUGGAAAACCAGCUGAACAAGUCUUUGUGAAUAGCAUCAAAUUGCCCAGUGAAUCUGUGGUGGAGUUCUUUAACGCUUUAUGUGGCGUCUCAGCUGAGGAACUAAAACAGAAUCCUGCACGAGUGUUCAGCUUGCAAAAGCUUGUUGAGAUUAGCUAUUACAAUAUGGCUCGUAUACGCAUGGUUUGGGCCCGAAUAUGGUCUGUCCUGGCAAAUCAUUUUAUCUCUGCUGGGAGUCAUCGUGAUGAAAAAGUUGCCAUGUAUGCCAUUGAUUCACUACGACAACUUGGUAUGAAAUAUUUAGAGCGUGCUGAACUUGCCAACUUCACUUUCCAGAAUGAUAUUCUGAAACCAUUUGUCGUUCUUAUGAGAAACAGUCGAAGUGAAUCUAUACGGAGGCUUAUAGUGGAUUGCAUUGUUCAAAUGAUAAAAUCUAAAGUUGGAAGCAUAAAGUCUGGCUGGCGAAGUGUGUUUAUGAUUUUCACUGCUGCUGCGGAUGAUGACUUGGAACCAAUUGUUGAAAGUGCAUUUGAGAAUGUAGAACAGGUUGUCUUGGAACACUUUGAUCAGGUUGUUGGAGAUUGCUUUAUGGAUUGUGUCAAUUGUCUGAUUGGAUUUGCCAAUAAUAAGAGUUCUCACCGGAUAAGUUUGAAGGCUAUUGCACUCCUCCGCAUAUGCGAGGACCGUCUUGCAGAGGGCCUUGUACCAGGUGGUGCUCUGAAACCAAUUGACACUCGUGCAGAUGAAACUUGUGAUGUUACUGAGCACUAUUGGUUCCCGAUGCUGGCUGGUCUCUCUGACCUGACUUCUGAUCCGAGAGCAGAAGUCAGAAACUGUGCACUUGAGGUGUUGUUUGAUUUGCUAAAUGAGAGAGGUGCCAAAUUCUCCUCUUCAUUUUGGGAAAAUAUUUUCCAGCGGAUCCUGUUUCCCAUCUUCGAUCACGUUAGACAUGCAGGAAAAGAUAAUGUUAUCUCUUCUGGUGAUGAGUGGCUUCGGGAAAGUAGUGUUCAUUCGCUCCAGUUGUUAUGCAACCUUUUCAACACUUUUUACAAGGAUGUGUGUUUUAUGCUGCCUCCACUGCUUAGUUUGCUGUUAGAUUGCGCCAAGAAAACAGAUCAAUCAGUUGUUUCCAUAUCUUUGGGUGCAUUGGUGCAUCUUAUUGAAGUUGGAGGACAUCAGUUUAGCGAUAAUGACUGGGAUACUUUGUUAAAUAGCAUAAGAGAUGCUUUAUACACAACACAGCCCCUUGAGCUGCUCAAUGAUUUGGGUUUUGACAAUUCAAAGCAUCAUAAAGUAUUCACAAGAGUUCCAGAUGCCACUUCUGGUCUUAAUCCUUCAGUAUCUGGUGGCAGUAACGCGUCAGAUAAUCAUCAUAAUAACGUAUAUGAAAACGGGGAUACAGUGGGAGUGAUGUCGCCAAAUGCGAGUACUGAUGGCAAUGCACUGGAUCAUAAUCAAAAAAUGGGGCUUCGAGCUGAUAUGGAGGGAUCUGAAGGCACGCCGUCGCCUUCUGGAAGAGCUACAAAACCUACUGAUGGUGGAGGCCUACAACGCAGUCAAACAAUAGUUGUUGAACUGGUGAUUACUAUUUCCUCAAAGGAGUUGGCAUUUAUUCACAGGGGAAAGUUACCUGAUACUAAAGAACCUGAUGCCAGAGACGAGGAUGAGAGUCCAAUACUGGGAACAAUUAGGAGCAAAUGCAUCACGCAGUUAUUACUUUUAGGUGCCAUUGAUAGCAUUCAGAAGAAAUACUGGAAUAAAUUGAAUGCAUCACAGAAGAUCACCAUAAUGGACAUUUUGUUCUCCGUCUUAGAGUUUGCCUCCUCGUACAACUCGUAUACUAACCUCAGAUUGCGGAUGCACCAAAUUCCCGCUGAAAGACCACCACCGAAUCUUCUUCGCCAGGAGUUAGCUGGAACAUGCAUCUAUCUGGAUAUCUUACACAAGACAACAGCAACAGUUAAUAAUCAAAAAGAGGAACAUGUCAAAGAAGAUAAACUUCAAGGAGUAGCUGAAGAAAAGAUUGUGUCUUUUUGCGAACAGGUUCUGAGGGAGGCAUCUGAUUUCCAAUCUAGCACGGAAGGUACAACUAAUAUGGAUAUUCAUCGAGUUCUAGAACUACGAUCUCCGAUUAUUGUCAAGGUGCUUAAAGGCAUGUGUGAUAUGAACUCCCAAAUAUUUCGAAAUCACCUGAGAGAUUUCUAUCCAUUUAUUACAAAACUUGUCUGCUGCGACCAGAUGGAUGUACGUGGAGCACUUGCAGAUCUUUUUAGUAGGCAAUUGAACACAUUGUUGGUGGCGUAG